AAAACGUAUGCUAUAUCAUGGCCUGCUGGCGAUGCGUUGGAGCGGCUUGCUGAAAGUUUGAAGGCAUUCGAGACUGGGAUAUGUGUUGAAAGAGAUUGUCCAGUCAGUGCGCUGCACUGUGCGUGUCACUGUCAGGGGAUCGACCUGUUGUGUGCGCCACGCCCUCAAAGGCGUCCGGCGGUAAAUUCCUAG